UAAUCGAAAUUCGGAAAUUCGAGAACAAAUCCAAAUUAUAAUGGAUAAACUAGGACUCGGCUGUCCGUUUUCCUUCCUUGGAGGAAAAGAGGGAAGACCGCAGGGAAUCAGACCCAAGCCAGGUAUACUCCAGCUAAACUACGACUGUUAUUUGGAGAUACUUUCGUAUCUGAACGCACUCGAGGACCAACUAAAUCUGGGCCGCGCCCAUCCCCUGUUCCGCCAAGUGCUGGCGAGCCUAUUGCCUACGCGCUAUAGUAAAAUCAAUGUGAAGAUGCUAAAAACCGUCCAGGACUGGGAAUACAUGCUGGAACUGUGCGGUUCUAGCGUGGUUCGUUGUGAGGUACCCCACGGUCGCUGGGACGAGUCGUUCACCCACCCAUUUCUGGAUCUGCUCAGCCAGCACUGUUCGAAUCUGCAACAACUUGUGCUGAUAUUCAUGCACUCUGACACGGACACACCGCCCGCGUCGAGGGACAGUAGAGGUGGACACACUACCAUUAUGCAGUUGCUGAUAAAGCUUCCUGGCCUGAGAAACCUGACGCUAAUCGAUGCUAGAGCGCCUCAGCUUGAACAGUUGCAAAAUUUCGGUGAACUGCAAGCCCUAGAUGUGGAUGGGAUUGACGUCAAUCUUGCUGAAGAGAAUUUCGUGCGGAUGUUUCACAACAAGGCGAAAUUGUGCCGCCUCUUGUUGAACUUUGGACGAGCCCUGAAACGCUCGUAUCAACUGCCCCAAUUGGCAGACCAUUGUGUCCAACUGGAACAUCUAACACUGGAGAACUUUCACUUGAACCUUCCCGAUAUAGGAGAGUUUAGGUCGCUGAAAUCUCUGCGUAUGAUCUCGCGCUGGAUUGGGGAAGUGAACAGCGAUUUCUAUAAAUCCUUGGCCAAACGCUAUGCCAAUCGCUUGGAGCAGCUGCAGCUCCUGUCUAUUCGCGUUGGGCCAGCCCAAGUGCAUCACAUACUGGCACUUAAGAUACUCAAGGCGCUCGAAUGCGACAACUGGCCCUCAGAAUCUGUGGACAAAUUGAGUCAACUAACUGAACUCGAAUGCUUGGCCAUAGAAUGUAUUAAUCCCAUUAAAGGAGUCAAUUGUCAGCUUCUGUCUGUCCUAACCAGCUGCUCCAAGCUGUCACAUCUGAAGCUGGGCAAGCGCUGGCAGAUGACCAGCUCUGAGACGAAACAAUUUGUGUCCGAUGUUCGAGACGUUCGUAUGGAGUCCAAAACGAAGCUAUUGCUGACACUUUCGUUCAUCAAAUUGCCGGAGCAUCAAAAAAUGUUGAUUGAUCUGUUCACGAAUCACAAGCAUUUAAGUCUUGGUUUUCAUGACGUCUGCCAUUACUGUCGGCCAGAUACUCACUCCAGGUGCGACACAAUUUUUGACUAAGACACAAAAACAUAUGUACCUCGCAAUGGGAAUGUUCAAUGGCAACCGUCAGCCUUAGUAUCCAAUCG